AUGAAGUUCCUCCAAACAAUCAACGUGUUUGGCCUCAUUCUUCAGGCUGUUAUGGCACAGGUCCAGGCUCCUGCGCUACCGGGCAAGGGUGCCCCCAUCUCGGCCUCGGACCGCAUCUAUACAGGUGACCAGUCUUCCAACACAGUCACUGUCAUUGCACCAUUCACUGGUCAAGUCCUCGGCACCAUUGCGCUGGGUAAUCCGCGUCUGACGGACUUGAUGGGCCCACAAUAUCAAGAGGCAGUCAACUCGCACGGCCUUGGAUUCUCGCGCGACGGGCGGUUCAUCGUGUCGCUGAGCGUCACUACCAACCAGGUGACGGUCAUCCGCUGCGAGGAUAACGUGAUCCAGUCAACGACGUUUGUGGACCGCCAGUCACAUGAGGCCUUCUUCUCUGCAGACAACCGUACUAUAUGGGUGGGCACACGGGGUGUUGACCACAUCGACAUCGUUGACGGAAUCAAUGGCGGGAUCAUUGGCAAGGUGGACUCCUGGGGCGGACCGAGCAAGGUGCUCUUCAGCCCGGAUGGCAAAACUGCGUAUGCCAAUCACAUUCGGUCUGCAUCGGUGUCAGUCAUUGAUGUCGAGCGCCAGGUCGUCGUCCACAACAUCACUGGCCUGGCUGACACGUUCUCGUCUGACAUGAUGCUCUCUGCUGAUGGGUUGCGCCUAUGGGCGGCGCACAAGAAGGUCGGCAAGGUUAGCAUCAUCUCGACGGCACAGCGGAAGGUGAUCGGGGUUCUAGACUCUGGAAGUGAGACCAAUCAUCCCAACUUUGCCACGGUGGACGGCAUCGUCUACGGCUUCACCACAGUAGGGGCAUUGAACCUCACACGGGUCUACGCGCAGCCAAAUCCGCACAGAAUGCCUGUCCAUGUGCGCGACCUCCACUCCAGCGGCAUCGAGCCUCAUGGUAUUUGGCCCAGUCCGGACAACACACAUAUGUACGUUGUGAACGAGCACAGCGACACGGUUGACUUCUUCAGCUUGGACAGCUGGAGUAUCGUGAAGACCGUCAGAGUAGGCCAGGAGGGCCAAGCGCUCGUGUACGUUGCUGACGCGGUUACUUCCGGGGACGGCACCCAGAAUCUGGGUACCCAGGGUCUGCUAGCCAGGCUGCCGUAUAAUAAACUUGUCAACGUCCGGUCGAGCGACGGCGGCUAUACCGAUGCCACAGCGCUCAUCACCAUUCGGCAUGAGGAGGGGCUUGACAUGUUCCAGCUUAUCGGACGAGAUCUUAAUUUGAGCACGAUAUAUACCGCCUCAGCAUCCUGUCUGGGCUGUAACGGCGUUCAGCUUCCUCUGGUUAACUUCACAGCUACCCCGUCCAGCGGCAUGAAAAUGGGCUGUGGCACAGCACCCCAGGUUCUGGCAUUCUUGUCUUUCUUUGGAGUGUACGAUGAAGACACGCUGCAGGUUACGGAGGCGUAG